UCAGUCUUUCAAUUUAUCUCUUCCAACAAAGGCUGUCUUCCGAAGAACCAAAAGCCAUAAGACCCAUAUAACCAUUCCCAACCCGCGAGUGCCGAGUUUUCGAAAAAAAAUAAAUCUGCCUCAGCAGCCGUGCGCCAACGUCAUCUACCGUAAUUUCGUCAGAUAGUCAAAAACGCUUUUAAUUUUUUUUUCUAUUUUCAAAACCAACGAAAACAUGUCCUCUGGUUUUAUUGGUCUGACUAAGUGCGCGACAAAUUACUCGCAAAUCGAUGAACUAAUCUAAUUUCAAUUUUUUUUCGUUUCGUUUUGAAAUUUUGAAAAACUCAAAACCUAAAUUGUAUUGAACUCUGUUCUGUAUAUAAAGAUACAUUUUUGGAUACAGUGCUAAAAAUAAAAUUCAAGAAAAAAGAAGAUACUUUUUUUCCAAUCUUGUGAUUCCGUGUAUCUGAAGAGCGGUGUACUGAAAUAAACAAAAAUUCUCUGGCACGCUUCCAGUUUAAUAUUUUCCCGUGUUGUUGUGCCUUCAUGCCCAUCCUCAUCAGCCCCCAGCAGCAUCCGAAGCGUUCAGCAAAGUAGGGCUAUACAGAAUCGUAACUCUUCGUCCAACAGGUCGUGAGAUAGAUCUGGCGCGAUAAAUACUAAAUAUUAAAUUAGGUGGGGUUCGGCUACAAGGUCUUCUUCUUCGUCGGUGGCGGUGAGAUUUUCAUUCUACACAGCAGUAGGGGCGGCGGCGCGGCGCAGCGUGAGUCAUUGCUUGUUUGCAAUGUCAAAUUCAUGGAUUGACAGCGGCGAUGGUACCGGUAUCUUUUGCGAUGCGGAUGCUGACAACAAUUUGCUGCAAUUAAAGCUGAAGAAGCCAAAAUCUUGGAAAUGGGAACUAACGACAUCGAGGUCGUCGCCAAAUAUAGCCAUGCCAAGGAUUAUGUUGUACGAUCAUAAGGGCAUUUUGUUAGUUGAUGCCAAUCAGCAGGUUGACGACGCGGUCUAUAGGCCCCCAUCAGGGAAGAAGUCGGCGGGAUCAAAAUCGUCAUCACCGAAGAGAAAGACUAAGAAGUUCGACAGAGCUGCGACAACAAAUCUCGAUAAGAUUCUCCAUCAAGACGACGAAGAUACUGGGCUAGGUUCCUUGGACUCUGCAGAGAGGCAGUGGUUUAGACCGCUGCUGUCGAAUGACAGCCUGAAAACGAAGAGAAAGCCCUCGAAUUUCAGGAAUGCCAACAGAAAAGGUGAAGACACAUCUGCUCCUUAUGAGAUUGACAUUGACUCUUUGCAGAUAUGUGAGGCAACCGACUCAAAUUCACAAAGUCCCUUGCCCAUUUGUGAGAUUGUAGACUCAAGUACGCAGAGUUCGCCUCCGCCACCGCUGCCGUCGGAAGACAACAAGGACCUGGAAGAAGAACUGAAUAUUGACGCACCGUGGCGAAGGAAAUUGAGCCUCAAGACUAAGUACAUAGAAUCUUCGGAUCUGGCAAAUCAUCAUCCAGUGAACCUCAAUAUUCCGGUGAUUUUUUCUGAGAACGAAGGAACCCCAGAGCGACAAUAUAUUUCCAAGGCAUCAUGGAAGCCAUUUUACUCGAAUGGCUGUCUCAAUGUAACGCCCUCUAGUACAAAACCAUUCGAACGACGAGCAACUUCAUUCAAAGAAGUCCGCUUCAAGGUUGAUCCAGAAACCGAAACGUCUAAGGGUGAAGAGCAGAAGUUAAAACGGCGGUGUCGCCGAUCGAACACAAACAAUCUUCCAAAUCCAACUCACUCCCGAUCGAUUCUGGAACGACAAAGUGCCAGGAAAGGUCGACUUUCUUCACCUGAAUUCGAGACAUUCGAAAGUCAUGAAGUUAGAAUGGCUCCGCGGUACUUUCUGCGCACUUGCAGGGCCGGAACUUUAGUUGUGGCUGAAGAAAGUGGACGAUAUAAGAGAACACGACGGAGAAUACGAAAAACUUCUUCAACGGAAAACGUCCUAAGUCACUCGAGUUCUUCGUUGUUAAGGCAGAAGGGAAUACUGAAUUCAAGUCUGGGUGAUCCAUGUUCGCAGAGUCAGAGUGUUAAGAACUUUGGGGAAUAUAAUGGGAGUCGGUCUCGAAGAAAGGCAGUACCGAUACGAAGGCAUAGAAGUGAUGGUAAUAUUCUACUAGUGACUUCAUCCGAGGAAGAUAACUGUGAUAGAAGAAAAAUGAAGAAUCGAUCGAAGAAUACAGUGUGGCGGCAUAAAAAUGGAGAUGUCAAAACCUAUGAAGAUUCUAAUGAAUAAUAAAUACUGGAUACAAUGAAUCAUCACAUCACAUUCCUUGGAAACAACAGAAAUGAAAAUGAAGACUUUAUCGCUCAAUGAUUCGAAUCAGUUCAAUGUAAUGAAGAAGCAAAAAACAGUACACUCGGGGAAGUAUUUCCAACUCCCGAAACCAAGAACAAACUACCUUAACUAAAUGAAAAGUAACAUUCUAAAAGUUAAGGGACCAUUAAUGUUUAUUGUAUGUUAGCUUAGAUUGUCUUUGUAGUCGAUAUAUUAUCUAAAGUACCCCUCGCGAUAUUAU